CCUUGAGCAUCCCUGGCAGCUCAGCUUUCCAUGGAAUUCACUCCUGCUCUUCCCCCUCGUGCAGGACAAGGCCAGCAGAAGAACAUCCUGGAUUUCUUCGGGAAAUCCCAGAAGCAACAAGUCGGUCCUGGUGGGAUCAAAGAGGAGCCGCGGGAUCCCUUUUUCCCUGGAGCUGACGAUUCCUUCAGCAGCCACACGGACCUCAGCAGCGACUCCUCAGCUCUCCUGGAGGAUGAGGACAUCGUGCCAGCUCCCAGAAGAAAAUCCAGGAAGCGGCCCCUCGCCACCACAGCCUCGGGAAUUCUCAACCCGGAGCAGGAUUUGUGGGGGGAGCCCGAGGAGAAGCCGCCGGUUCCUCCGGAGCUUGACCAGGUCAAGCAGGAACCGGAUGAGGUGGAAGUGGAGCCAGUCCCUGAUCCACACUACGGACUCCUGGGCACUCGGAACUGGGAAGAGCCUCAGGGAAAUCUGGAUGAGCUGCCUGUGGAAGUGCUCAGGCACAUCUUUGCCUUCCUUCCCGUGGCUGAUCUGUACCAGAACCUGAGCCUGGUGUGUCGCUGCUGGAGGGAGAUAGUCAGGGAUCCACUGUUCAUUCCCUGGAAAAAGCUGUACCACCAGUACCUGAUGAGGGAGGACUCGGCCCUGCGCAGAGUUGAGCAGAUCCUGCGGGAUUUCUCCAUCACAAAGGAGCAGGAAGGAUGUGUCUUGGGGCUGAUCACGCUGCCCCAUCUGCAGAGCAAGACAGGGGCUGAGAACAUGUGGGCCAUCGUGGCAGUCAUGGUGCUGUUCUCCGACAGCGUCGGCGACAUCCAGAGGCUGCUGGAAUGUCUGAGGAGACCCAGCUCCAACCUCUCCGUGCUGGAAGUGACUGAGGUGCUUUACUGCAUUGCCACGCUCCUGUUUGCCAUGAGGGACAGGAAUAUUCCCAUCACCAACAGGAUCCAUUACAACGUCUUCUACUGCUUGUACCUGAUGGAAAACUCCUCUGGAACCGUUGGGAAUGUGGAAGAGGAAACGUUGGCUUCGCGCUGCAGGCAGGACUUGUGGUCCAGAGGAAAACCAGAAUCUGGGGCCUUAAAUCUGGAAAAAUCGGAUUACUGGGCACAGACUGAGUUUAAAUUCACUGAGGAGUCUGCACCAACAUUCCCAGCUCUGGAAUCCUCAUCCUCUCCUUCCUUCCCUUCUCCAGGCACGGGGAAAACCUCGACCUUGGCCAAGUACGCGGAGAAAUUCCCGGAGCUGAACUUCCUUUACGUGGCCUUCAACAAGGCUGUGGUGGAGAAGGGGAAAAGAGCCUUUCCCAGGAAUGUCACCUGCAAGACUUUCCACUCCCUGGCGUUCGGGAGCAUCGGGAAGCACUACAAAGAGCGAGGGAAGCUGAACUUCUCCAAGAUGUCCGUGUUCUCCGUCAGCUGCCUCCUGCGGAACCGCGAGGGCCAGGCCCUGUUCGUGAGGGGGAAAACCGUCUCCCAGACCCUGGAGAGCUUCUUCGCCUCCUCGGACGAGGAGAUCUGUGAGGAGCACGUGCCCAUGUGGUUCAAAAACACCCACGGGGACAGGAGGCUCAUCAGCCCCAUGGAAAAGCAUAUCAACGUGGAAGAGGCUAAAGAAAUAUGGCACAACAUGAAAAAACUGGAUGGGGAUGUGGAGAAGAGAUACAAGAUGACUUGUGAUGGAUACCUGAAGCUGUGGCAGCUCAGCAAGCCCAAGCUGUCGGGAUACGAUGCCGUUUUCGUGGACGAAGCCCAGGAUUGCACUCCAGCCAUCGUGGACGUGGUGCUGUCCCAGACGUGCGGGAUCAUCCUGGUGGGAGACCCUCACCAGCAGAUCUACACCUUCCGCGGCGCCGUCAACACCCUGCAGGCCGUGCCCCACACCCACGUCUACUACCUGACCCAGAGUUUCCGAUUUGGUCCCGAAAUUGCUUAUGUUGGAGCAACAAUCCUGGAUGUUUGCAAAGGGAUCCGGAAUAAGACGUUGGUGGGUGGGAACCAAAAGGGCGCCGUCCGGGGCUCCAUGGAAGGGAAGAUCACGGUCCUUUCCCGCAGCAAUUCCAGCGUUUUCGACGACGCCGUCAAACUCACCGGGAGAGACAGACCCAUCCCAAUCCACGUCAUCGGGGGUUUGGCUCGUUUUGGCCUGAGCAGGAUUUAUGAUAUUUGGAAGCUCAGUCAACCUGCAGAAGUCAGGGAAAAAUCAAACCUCGUGAUCAACGAUUCCUUUAUCCAGAAGUGGGAAGGCUCUCGGGGGUUCUUUGGCUUGAAGGAAUACGCGGAGCACGUGGACGACCGAGACCUGGCGGUGAAGAUCUUCAUCGUGGAGAAAUACAGGGAGCGGAUCCCGGAGCUGGUGCAGAGGAUCGAGAGAUCCCACGUGUCCCAGGAAUCCCUGGCGGAUUAUCUCAUAGGCACUGUCCACCAAGCCAAGGGCCUGGAAUUCGACACGGUGCUGGUGGCCGAUGAUUUUGUGAAGGCCCCGUGUGGGAGCGACGCUUCCCAGAGGAGAACCAACCUGGCCAUUGGUGCAGUCCCAGAGGAUGAGUGGAACCUGCUCUACGUCGCCGUGACCCGGGCAAAGAAGUGUCUCCUGCUCUCCAAAUCCCUGGAACACCUCCUAGCCCUGGCUGGGGAGCGUUUCCUUCGGGUGGAGCUGAUGAGUGAGGCUGCCAAGGCCGGAGCAUCCUGCACUUGCUGCAUGUCCAGAUGCACAAACAUGUUGGAUCCCAGCUCCAGGCUGGUUGUGAGGAAGCUCCCGUUGACUCACAGCAACGGCAGCCGCGAUCCUGGGGGAUUCCUGUGCCAGCCUUGCACCCGGCAGCACUUCGGCUCCCUGGCUCCACUCACGUCCUUCCCAGCGCUCCAGGAACAGCCCUGCCAGCUCUAGGGAAGCCCUCCCAGCUUCCCAAAGCCCGUUGGCACAUCCCAGCUCAGGAAUCGGGUGGAUAUUGGAGCGGGGUUUGGGUGGAUAUUGGAACGGGAUUCCAGCCCAGCUUCGGAGGAAACCCGUAGGCUCUGGGAGACCUUCCCUGCAGCCCUGCCUUGCCUUCCAGGAGCUGGGAAGCAGAAUAUUCCAAAGAACAUGCACUUUAAGAACUGGAUCAGCGUUAAUUUUGGAGCAUUAUCCCUGUUACCUCCUGGAUAUCCCUCCCUCCUCCCUGACGUCAGCGCUCGGUGAAAUCCCUCUGAUCCGCUGGAAGAAGAGGAACCCUGGAAAGCUCCCAAAGGAACAGGCUAUUUCUGGGAAAUGGACUUUUCCUGGCCAGCAAUGGGAGGAAAUCAUUAAUCCCUCCCAGGGAAUGAAUUCCCCCUGCUGGCAGCCAAGGGCUUUCCCAGACUUGCUUCCCUUUCCCCAGGACCAAACCGUGAGGGAAGAACGGCUUUGGUUUGACCCGGAGACAAGCUGGAGAGAGUUUUGAAUCCUAAAACUCCAUUUAUAACCAAAAAAAAAAAAAAAGCCUUAAAACUUCCUUGUUUUCCUCUUCUUUAAGAAGUGCUUUGGCUGCAUUGAAUUCCAGCUCUUGGGAAAAUCCUGGUGGAUCGUGCUCCGUUGUGCCGCAAUUCCAGAGCCUGUGCCAUGGAAGAGUGAAACCGAAAGUGGUUCUGGAAGGGAUCUGCCCUUGGAUCCAGGCCCGGAGCUGGAGGAGCCUCAUGCAUCCUGUUAUUCCCGUGGGAGCUGGUAGAAGGGUUUGACUCCAGGAGUGCAGUCCCUGCUCCGCUCACCCUGGGAGCAGGAAUUCCCACUUGGAUUGGGACGUGGAUGUCGGAGCAGGAACCUCUGGUGCUCCCUCCCGGCUGUUUUCUGACUGUCCCAUGGGAGAAAGGCACUUCCAGCUUCUAUGGCUGGAGGGUUUGGACUGUCACACAUCCACGGUGCUGAUUCCCUCCCCACAAACAGCAGGACAAGGCACAGCAGCCGGGAAAGAACAUGGAAUUUUGGGCUGUUGAUGGGAAUUCCGGUGCCUGACGAGCCCUCGGUGCUGCAGAGAUGGAUUUCAUGGAUUUCAUCCCGAUCCAAUCCUUCCCUAUCCUGGCUGAGACACCCCAAUGAGUUCAACAAUCAAGUGCUCUGUGUGAUUUUAUAUAAAAUAUAUAUAUUUAUACAUAAAAAAAGGCACCAGAGCUACCUGUCCUGAAAUAAAGGAAAACAAUGGAUAAAAACCACCGACGGAUGAAGGAAAACCACAGCCAGGGAAAUAUUCCCUAAGUCGUGUCCUGGAAAUAUUUUUCCUUGGAAUAUUUCCUAGGUUUGGUCUUUUGAGAAGUGUCUGUAGUGAAAUUGCUCCGGGUUGGGAUCCCUGGGAGCAGCCAGAGCCAGGGGGGAUCAGGAAUCCGGAGCCUGGAUCGGUGCUGGAAGUGCUUCCAAAGGAUCCCUGAGCUGCGUCCGAGGGCGGAAUGGGGCCGGAAUCUUUGGCUGGAAAAGAGCAGGAAAGGGGUUAUGCCAGCACCAGGAUCCCUGCUGGAGCGUGGGAAUGGCUCAUCCGUGACCCCAGCUGCUGGAAGCGCCUGUAUCCCGAUGGGAGCCAGCACGGAGAGCGAUCCCGAAUGAUGCCGGUGAGGAGGAGCUAAUUCCAGGAUGUUGGGAAGCAAAACACUGGGAACAAGGCCAGGGUAUCCCAGACGUGGAGAUGUCAUUCCAUGUCCACAUCCAGCUCCUCGGGGAUGCACAACCACAGACACCGGAGAAUCCACACUUGGGAAAACCUGACUGUUCUCCUUGGAAAAUCGCCACCAAAAAGGGUUUAUUUGUUCGGAAAACCGUAAGCCAAAAAAAAGCUGGGAAAAGGGGAAUUUCGGAGGUCUGGACCCACGACUGGAGGGUUCACGAGGAACACCAAAAUCAUGGAAAUAAAUGAAACCUUCCCAUGUUUUAA